AUGUUUGGUCCUCGCAGAGUCUUACAGUCUCGGCUCCGGCUACUUGCGCCUCAAUCUCUUUCACGGUCCAGGUUCCAAGCCUCCAGAAACGUCAGCUCUGUCGCCCCGAGCCCCACGACCGAGCCAUCCAAGUGGCCGCGACGCCUGGUCUACGCCGCCAUCUUCGGCUCUCUGGGAACAUUCGCUGGAAAAUGGAUGGAUGAGAAGGUCUCUGCCCCCCCGCGACCGGGAUCCGACGAAGACCGUCGUCGAUUGGAGGACAUCCAUCGCGUAUACGAACACCAGCUCCCCAUCGUGAAGAAACUGCGCAACAACCCGGAUUACAUCGAGGAUAACGUCUACGUGAACUACUCGGAUGACGACAAGAUGAAUCGAUUUACGUCUGGCUUGCUGCGGGGGAGCAGAGGAGUGGCGUUCCAGAAAAUAUUCUGGAACGACAAGGAGAAGAAGGCUGUAAAUAUCGUCUAUCUGGGUACCGGCAUCGAAGGUUGGCCAACGGUUGUCCACGGUGGUGCUCUUGGCACCAUAAUCGAUGAGCAUCUGGGCCGUGCUGCGGUACGGCAUCUUCCGGAGCGUACGGGGGUCACUGCGAAUCUCGAGAUCAACUACCGGGCCCCUGUCUUUUCCGGUCAUUUCUAUACUUUCUACGCCACGCUUGACCAGGAACGGAGUACCGAUCGGAAAGCCUAUGUCACGGGUGAGGUCCGCGACCCCAUGGGUCAAGUGUGUGCCCAGGCAUCUGGCCUCUUUGUGGUUCCCAAGAAAUACGAACUCCGGACGCUUGGAGAUCGAUUCUGA